AUGUCUUCGCUUUCGUCGGCAUGCAGGCAGGGAUCAACAAGGUCCAAUGAGAAGACUAUGGGACUGCCAGGAUUCUCUAGAUGGACUUCCGAGGCUCCCGCCGAUGCCCCGGCGGUAUACACCGCCAUCGAGGAACUCGUGCGUUCCACGAUUCCCAGGGCCGAGGUUGCGUACAACGACUUCAGGUAUGUGUUUAACAACGGCCUCGGAGUGACCGGCAGUUCACUACUGCUGCACCUCAAAUGCGCGCGCUGUUCGUCAUACGGCGCUUCCCUUGUCGUGGCAACCGUCGACACCGGCUCUAAGAGCGACUUUAUGGUGGAUCAACAGGGAUACCUGACUGUACCCAAAGGUGGAGCCGCUGAAGCUACUGGAAGGUGCAUGUCAUCUAUACACGGAGUCGCAGUGGCUCUGUCCGCUCUAAAAGGUGUCGCUCAAUUCGACAACCAGCAGCAGGACCUGAUGUUACUGAUUACCGAACGCAACCUGCCGUAUGCAGCGGGCACACGGCAGUUCCUGGACGACUAUUUCAGCCGGCCCGACUUCAAAUGGCACAGUGGCUGGUUGCACAACGCCCUCGCAUUGGAUCUGGGAUACGGUCGCUGCGGGAGUUACGAGGUGACGUACGAGGGCCUGGACGGCGCCGUGCCGAACCCGGACGUGGUGAUAUCGUUCCUGUCGACGGCGGGGACAGCUGACUUGGAUGUCGAGCCCGCCGACGUGUGGGCAAGGAUAGGACGGAUGUCGGUUAAUUCGCUGCCACACCUGCCGCAUGUGGCGAUGUUGCCGCGUGGCAUCUCCUCCUUCACGCUUACAUGCGCGCGGCGUGCGGACCGCGGCGAGGAGAACAACGCAGAAAAGCUGCUGCGCGCCCUCACCCCGACCAUACGGAUGCAGAACAACCUGGAUACUGUGCUGGAGCGCAAGUCCAACUACUACCAAAUGGUAUCGCAAGACGAGUACCUUACGGAAGGCUCAUACCUGCCCAUCAUCCCGGCGCUGCUGCUCGGGCCGACAGUGGAGCUUCUAUACUCCGCUUACACGUGGGAUUUCCACACGUUCAUGAUUGGGAUAGCUGUGUUCGUCUUCAAUGCGUGUAUGGGGUCGUUGCUAUCUUAUCUGUGUCUAUUAAGGGUCGCUGGCACGGAUUUCGACAGUCUAGACUCCUCCAACCUGGGUUAUACACGUGUUGCAUUGGCAUUACUGCUGUUUGGCUACGCAUUUGUUCUUAUCGCGAUCCGGUUGUUGUUGCAGCACGUCAUCCCACGUCGCGCGUUCGUGGGCUUCUCCGCCGACCGUCCGGUGCUGGUCCGAAGCGAACUGCUGUCGAAAUUAGGCUACAAUAUACCGCCAAAUAGCGUUUUGGCGCGUGUGUGCAAGCGAAUUCUCGUGCCAUUGGGAGCUUUGCUCGGCAAGCUGAGAAGUGUGAUACAUUCGAUUCUGCCGUCCUCUAUUCGGGAAGCCAUGGAAAGCGCGAAGAAGAGGGCCCCUUCGAGGUUUUCGCUAAUGCUGCAGCAGUGGAGGGCGCGCCGGCUGGCCGCCCGCUCGCCUAUCGCACCUACCGAGGAGAAGCCCAUGCCGGAGGAGGAACCCGUUGCUACCGAUGCCGGAGAGGCCGUGCCCGAGGAGACCGUAGUGGAAAACCCGACGGUCGAGGAUGCAUCUGACGAGGCAGAAUCGCAACGCUUGCUGGAUUCGAUGGGUGGGACGCAGUUGGCGUGUCCGACGAACACCGGUCUUCCGGCUCCCAACGUGAUCGCUGGAAUUGGCACGCUGUUCUUCGCCUUGGUCUUCUUGUACAGCCUGAUGAUCUUCCACUGGCCGUUGGCAGUCGUUCUGUCGCUGACGCUGCUGCCAGCGCUGCGCCGUGUGCGUGUUUGGAAUCACACCCGCAGCAAGUGCUUGGUUGACAUUUUCGUCUGCCUGAACUACCUGGUCUUCAUUUCGAUACUCGCAUCUACCAGGAGGGUCUUAAACUCCAAGCAUCGGGAACUGCUUAACGCCGCUUUUAACACAGGGCCUCUGGGCGCCCUCAGCACGUGCUGCUCGGCUCCGGCGCGUUCCCGCUGA